UAGGCGGGAUCCGUGUCCCGGGACGCGCCUAGCAGGCAGGGGUCCCACGCUCGCUCGCCCCUCCCACGCGCGCGAUUCAUAAGUUCUCGGUUCACCCCCAGCGCCGCGGCGACCAGGAGCAAUCAGAAUGACUGCCCCUAGAGGUUGCCGCUCAGACCUGGAGUCCAGGUACCACAGACUCUGUGAUCUGGCUCAAGGCUGGGGUAUUGCCCUGGAAACACUGGCCGCGGUGGGCGCUGUGGCCACAGUGGCCUUCAUGUUUGCUCUCUUGAUCCUCAUCAGCAAAGUGCAGGACUCCAACAGGCGGAAGAUGCUCCCCACCCAGUUCCUCUUCCUCCUGGGCGUGCUCGGGGUCUUCGGCCUCACCUUUGCCUUCCUCAUCAAGCUGGACUGGGCCACAGGCCCCACGCGCUUCUUCCUCUUCGGCGUCCUGUUUGCCAUCUGCUUCUCUUGCCUCCUGGCCCACACCUUCAACUUGAACAAGCUGGUCCGAGGGAGGAAGCCCCUGUCGUGGCUUGUGAUCCUGAGCCUGGCAUUGGGCUUCAGCCUAGUCCAGGACGUCAUUGCAGUUGAAUACCUGGUCCUCACCAUGAACCGCACCAAUACCGAUAUCUUCUCGGAGCUGCCCGCCUCUCGGCGCAACGAGGACUUCGUCAUGCUGCUCAUCUACGUACUCUUCUUGAUGGCGCUGACCUUCUUCUCAUCCUUCUUCGUCCUCUGUGGGUCCUUCCGUGGCUGGAAGAGACACGGGGCUCACAUAUGCUGCACCUCAUUCCUGUCCAUUGCCGUCUGGGUGGCCUGGAUCGUCCUGCUCCUGACUCCCGACAUCGGCUCUGAGUGGGACGACACCAUUCUCUGCACAGCCUUGGUUGCCAAUGGCUGGGUUUUCCUGGCAUUCUAUGUCUUCCCUGAGUUUCUACGGCUCCCAAGGCAACAAAGUCCCACAGAUUACCCAGUUGAAGAUGCUUUCUGUAAACCUCAACUCAUGAAGCAGAGCUAUGGUGUAGAGAACAGAGCCUACUCCCAAGAGGAAAUCACCCAAGGUCUCGAGGAUACAGGGGACACGCUCUAUGCACCUUAUUCCACCCAUUUUCAGCUGCAGGAUCGGACCCCUAAGAAGGAGUUCUCUAUCCCGAGGGCACAUGCCCCGACCAGUCCGUACAAUAACUACGAAGGACGGAAAGGGGACAGCAGCUAACUCUGAGAAGAAUGGGCCAACGAGAGCCAGGCAGCAGCUUCCAGUCAGGAGCCCUGCGGAUGCGAACUGAAUCCAGGGUGUCCUAGGGGAACUGUGCACUAGAGGCUUGUUCCCCACCCAGCACCCUGCUGUCCUUUUGUCUGGGGCUGCCGCGCCCAGCAGACUGCUUCUGCUUCUCAGCGCCCCGUGUUUCCCUGUCCCAUUCUUAGGAUACUUCUUGGAGGUGGGAGUCUUGGGCGACUCAGGGCGGGACUCUUACCUCUGCCACGAAUUGUGGGCAAACAACUGGCCAUCUAACUCCUCGCUGACUCGUUCAUCUCCGGAAGCCAAUUCGUUGAACCCAGGGUGGGGUCCGUGAGGAUCACUUGGCACAGAACAGAACCGCAAUUCGCACCAACCCAGAAAGAUGUGGGUCUCCACCCUGUGCCUAUCAGUCCACACUGGAAGCUAACCUGGCCCUGCCCUCCUAGGUCUUCCUGCCUGGGGAGGAGAGGCUAAAGGUCACUAAGUGUCUAAUCGCUGGGCACUGGCCCACAAUGGUCCCAGCAGUGCGGACACUGACUUGAAGGGCGUAUCACCUCCAGACUAGCUGCCGGCCAGGACCUCCAUGUCCUUUCUGGGAGCUCUUCUGGAUAUUACUGGAGUAGACAAGGCCUGUUUCUUCCUGCCAGGAGAAUCUGGGCUUUGUCAUGCCAUGCAUUCCUGACCGGCCCUUCUCCCCACCCCCUCACCCCCAGCCUCAGUAACAGAUGGAUCCUGCAUUCACCUCAAGCCCUUUAAGUGGGCAGUGUCUCUUCUUGGGGCGGGAUGUGUCCGUUGUGUGAUAAAUUAUUCCCUUGGAUAUGCAAUAAAGAUGCGAUGGCAACUGUUUUUUUAAUUUAAA